AUUUUAGCGCGCCUUUCUUGAAAUUUGAGUGUUUACAAUGCAAGGAAGCCGUAAUAAUAUAAAUGCAUAGGUAUAGAACAGGUAUGGUAUUACGAAUGUAUAGACUGCUGUUUGUAUCAAAUUAUUUUCUUUUUUAUAUUCUGCAAAGAUAAAAACUAUCGAAUUUUUCCAUGAUGUUUACAGAGAAACGUCACAGCUGCCAACCCCCCCACCCCCAAACGAACAUAUGACGUUUCUCGUGGAAAAAAUCGAUAUGUGAGGCUUCCCCAAGACAGCCCAAAAUUUAAACUCAGAGUUUGCUUUAGUUUAGAGUUAAUGUUAGGCUCGCGACGACUUAACGCUUGUGAAAAACUAAUGUUCAAGGGCAUUGUAGAUGGAAAUUAUCGAGUGGAAAUUUAUAUACAUUUAUUAGACCUGACCAGGAACAACUGCGAAAAAUGCAACUAUAGGUCCCUGGCAGGAAUCAAACCUGCGAUUCCGGUGCAGCACUCUAACCAACUGAGCUACAGAGGCCAUGCAGCUGUCGAGCUCUAAAUUUCCAAUUACAAUACUUUAACAUUACUCAAACGAGUGAUAUGCCGACAAAAUCUUGACAUUUAUACCCAUAACCUAUAUAUAUAUAUACAGGGUGUAUAAAAAAAAACGGAGUCCUCACAUGAAGUGUAAAUUUCAAAGCGAAUAUGAAAGUUAGACGUUUAUACUUGCAUUCUUUCGAAAUCGCGAUCUUUCGGCUAUUUUAUAUACUUUAUUUUAUAAAAUUUGGAGUUAUUGCUGGCAAGCUGUGUCAAUUUAAGUAAGUGCAAUUGGAAAAUUAAAAAACGUAGAUGUCUUGAAUUCACAAUCUGUUUAAACGUUCCAAAAAAUAAGUUGGAAGUACACAGUUACUCAACGUGGCCCCCACUUCUAAGUUCACACAAGUUCGUUCUUUGUCUCAUAUCCAAGACAACUCUUCGGAUAAAUUCUGGGUUUUCUUGUAAGACAUUUGCCUCAUUCUGUAUCCUUUGACGAAGGUUGUUGAUAUCUUGUGGUGGUGUAUGGUACACUUUGUCCUUAAGGUACCCCCAAAGGAAAUAAUCGCACGGUGUCAGAUCGGGUGAGCGGGGCGGCCAUUCGAUAGGAAGAUGUAAAGCAAUAACACGAUCGAUCUGCAAAAAUUUCUGAAAGUCUUUCUCGUACAGCGAUCAGUUGGUGUGCUGGGGCGCCGUCUUGAGCCCACCAAAGUCGCUGAAAAUUGCCGUCUUGAUAUUGAUUGUUAAACAAUUCAAUAAGUUGCUGGAUAAUGUAAUCAUUCAGUAGGUCAAGAUAAGCAUUACCACCAACAUUACGAGCAAAAAAGAAAGGUCCGAGGAUAGCUCCAUUUCCACAGAUACCCAUCCAUACAGUUACCUUUCGUCUUUCAUCGCGCCUGUCAAAAUUAAAGUCUGGCGGAUUACCUCUUGGUGCAUACUGUCUGACAUUAUGGGAAUUUACUUCUCCAUUCAUACAAAACGCUGCUUCAUCGCCGAUAACAAAAUUUGCUAGAAAACGAUGAUUUCGUUGGUGGUUUGAGAACCACCGACAGAAAUUUCGUCGUCGAAGAUAAUCAUUCCCUUCAAUUCAUGCCGAACACUUAUUUGAUAUGGAUGCCAUCUCAAGUCUAGCCUCGUGAUUCUGUUGAACGUUGCGGACGGGAGACCGAGGCCGUUUCUUCUCGCACUUACAUGUGGAUUGUUCUCAAGCUGCUCCCUUUCUGCCUGAAUAUUCUCCUCUGAUCUUCCUGUCUUUCUUCUUCCCAAGUUUCCUUUAUUUCGAUUUAAACUCGUACCAUGCAGCCGGUAUUUGUUGACAUUACGCCAAACGCUCGAUGAAGAUGGUGGAUUACGUCCUGGAAAAGCUAUUUGAAAUUGUCUUAACACUGCAACAACGCUUUUUGUUUCGAAAUACUUUUCAACAAUGAAUGUUCUUUCCGGAAUUGUUAGCUUUGGCAUUAUGAAUGGUGAUUGUAAAGUUUUAAACGACAACGUUCUAAAUUUUAGCAACCUUUAAUUAAGUCCCCAAGGGACUUCGAAGAUUAAUAUUUCGAAGCAUCUAAAAACGAGCGCUUGUACUAAAUUCUUUUUAUUGCGAUUAGCCUUAGUCCAAAAUUUUCAAGAAACCUUUCAUUCGAAAGAUGAAAGAACAAGCUUUAAAUUGAGCACAAAACGAAACUAUGCAUGGUAGUUUAUUUUACGAUAGAAAUAAGGAUAUUUAGGACGACUCCGUUUUUUCAUACACCCUGUAUAGCAGUGCCCUAUAGUAUACAGCUUUCGAAAAUCUCGAACCUUAAGCUCUAAGCGCGCAAAGUGUGAUGGGUAACUUCUUUUUAGGGCUUUUGAUUCGGCAAAUGAUCCUAGUACACUUCUAGUUGUACAUCUUAAGUGCUUAUUAUCUGUUUUGCCAUAGUUGCAAUGCAAAAUCCUCACCUUUUAGGCCUUAAGUAAGAAGUUACCCAUCACACCUUGCACGCUUAGAGUUUAAGGUUUGAGAUUUUCGAUAACCUACGUAGCGGCUAUCAGAGAAAGGACUGUCCUUUCUCUGAUAGCCGCUACGCAGACUAGAUUUUCGAAGGACAACCUUUUUUACAUGAACUUGUGGUUAGAGACUUAGAGUUCAUCAACUGUAGCUCAGUGCCUCGGUUACGUUGGUUAGAGCACUGCACUGGAAUCGCAGAGCCCCAGGUUCGAUUCCUGCAUGCCAUGCAGGGACCUAAAGAUGCAUUUUCGUAUAGCUGUUCCUGGUUAGGUCUAAUAAAUGUAUAUAAAUCUCCACUCGAUAAUUUCCAUCUACAAUACCUUUCAACAUCAUUCAAACGAGUGAAAUGCCAACAAAAUCUUGAUAUGAAAAACUAGAUGAUAAUGCGAGUUCGAAUCGCGUUCGAGACAACGAAUUUUUCGUUGUACUUUGCAGUGUCAGAAUAAUAUGACACUAAAGUUUGUUCGUUCACUGCAACCAGGUAUAUCAAUCAUGUUUCGCUCGCUACUCUGGUUUAAAUAAAUUAUUACAAAGCCCAGUCGAAUUGUAAUCAAGACCCAACGUUUCAACACUCCAGUCUAGUGUCUUCAUCAGGGGUGAUCUAAAGUUACAAUCGUGGCUUCUUAAAUACCCAAGGGAUGACGUCACCUGCCAAUGAGAUGCAUGUAUUCCUCUGGCAAAUAGGCACCGUCAUCCCUAUUCAAAGCAUGAUUACUUAUAUUUAUAUGCCACGCUUCUAGGCAAAGUCUUUGACCAUAGCGAUUGCUUGUACCACGCAAUCUCGUGUUUAGUGUAACACACAUGUUCUGCUAAAGCUGAUUUUCCCUUGUCUAAAGUUGAAACAGCCUUUUGAUGUUCUUUUAGAUGAAACGGCCUUUUGAUGUUCUUUUUUAUUUCCCUAUUGUAAUAUUAAGGUUGCCUUAAAAGAACAUCAAAAGGCCGUUUCAUCUAAAAGAACAUCAAAAGGCUGUUUCAACUUUAGACAAGGGAAAAUCAGCUUUAGCAGAACAUGUGUGUUACACCAAACACGAGAUUGCGUGGGAAAACUCUAAAGUAAUUACCACAAACAUCGCUAUGGUCAAAGACUUUGCCUAGAAGCGUGGCAUAUAAAUAUGAGUAAUCAUGCUUUGAAUAGGGACGACGGUGCCUAUUUGCUAGAGGAAUACAUGCAUCUCAUUGGCAGGUGACGUCAUCCCUUGGGUAUUUAAGAAGCCACGAUUGUAACUUUAGAUCACCCCUGAUGAAGACACUAGACUGGAGUGUCGAAACGUUUGGUCUUGAUUAGGCUACAAUUCGACUGGGCUUUGUAAUCAUUUAUUUAAACCAGAGUAGCGAGCGAAACAUGAAUAUGAAACUAGUUUACUGUAAGGUUUUACUUCAGGAUUGUUAUGAGUACAUGGUUGUUGAUUAUUUUGCGUUUUAACGAUCUUCGGUAAGAGCUAUAUACUUAAAGGUGCUCUACAGUCCGUAUGUAAACAAAGCCUUUGUUUACAUUUUUGUGUCCAACAUAUUGAGCUUUAUUCGACAACUAUUUAUAUUUUCAAGCUUCUAGAGUAUAAUAAAUGAUCAAGAAACAAUAAUCAGGCUUUUCAAGAACCCAAAACAUAGUUAAACUGUUUGUAUCAUAAAAAGUGGGCUCCUUUUUGCACAUGCGCAGAUCGGACUGUAGAUCACCUUUAAUCUUUGGUAAGAGAACUUUAUGACCUAACACUAUUAUACAAAAUCAAAUACAACCUUAUUAAUGUCACCUUUAACCAAUACCUUACACCUGCAACUAUAACCCCUAUGCCACACGCAACUUCGACCCUAACAACUAUAACAUAAUCGUCUCCAAUAGUCAAGAAUUCUUCCGACAAUCCUAUUUCCCACGCACUGUCAUUCUCUGGAACAAUCUACCACCGAACAUCAAAGCCGCCCAUUCCCUACAGAUCUUCAAGCACCAUCUACAAUCUUAUUACAAAGCCAAACUGUUUACCUACAUAUCACCAUAGUUAAUCUUGUUCUAUAAUUCGUUGUACAGUAUCCUAUAUGUUAAGUUCCAUGUAAUCUGUGAUAUGUUCGUGCAUAAUUGUCCUAGUACGUCUCGUUAUCCAUUAAUUGUUAAGGGGUCGAAUAUCAAUUGGAAUUUAGUUUCUGUUUUCUUCUCCUGUCGCAGCAUUCUCUAGUUAUUGUUAUUGUUAUCUCUACGUAAAUGUAUAUCUUUAAUGUGUGUGACAAAAUGAAUAAAUAAAAAAAAUAAAAAUAAAAAAAGAGUACCUGGACAUUUCACUGUGGUGUUACAUGAAGUACAUAUGGUAUAAUGACGUUCCCAGGCCCUUGCGCGGAGUAAUCCAAUAUGGCGGCUCAUUUUGAAAGAAUUUUUCUGUUUUUGUUAAAAAUUUAGGUUUUAAUGCGCUCGUUAAAGCAUAAAAUCGCUUUUAUUCAAAUCAAAAUACAGUCAUAAUAUAAAUGGAGUUGUUUACGAUAGAGCGCUAUGAAGGAGAUUUAUAUUCCGCAGAAAAUAACACUGAAAAAGAAUCCAAAAAUCUUGCCCAAUUACUUGAGCAAGCACAUGGAAGAAAACGUUCAAGAGAAUGCUCAAAUUAUAAACAAGAGGAUGAAAGUACAGUUGAAAGUGCGCCUGUGCUUGAAGCAUUACCAAAGAUGACAAAAAAUACUAAGAAGAAAGAGAAAAGAAGCAAAUUAGAAGGUAAAGUUAUCAAAGAGACAAAGAAAGUCAAGAAAGACAACUUAGACAAGUCUGUUGGAAAUGAAGAUGAUGCAGCCAAAACGCUUAAGGGAGGUUAGUAUAUCAUAGCAAUCUAUAUACUUUAUUCAAGGAAAACAAUGUUUAUCCAUUUACAAUCUAUAGCGUACAUAUAUAGGACCUAAGGACUAUAGGUUAGGCCAAUGGAACUGUAGAUUCUGUUUACCGUCCGAGAAUUUAAAAAAUCUGAUGCGGUUUUUUUUCAUUAUUCAUUUUUCAUUAUUUUCGUUAUUGUCUAAUUUCCGACCAAAAAUGAUCCUUAAAUCGUUUUCUUUUGAUUUCGACCAUCAACACUUUUGACCAGCAUUCUUUUAUCAUUUUUGGGCUUUCCUUUGCUGAAAAUUUCUUUGUCACGCCAUUGUUUUCGAAUUUGCACAUGUCAGACUCGCGAAUUUCCGAGUGUACCGAACAAAUGCUGACUGAUCCAUCAUACAUCAGCGAUGUACUGCUUUUUAUAUGGAAGAUUUGAUGAUUUGAUGUAUAUUUGAAAGUUUCGAUGCGUAGAAUUAAAAAUAAUGACAAAUAGGACCUCUACAUGCGUCUUGGACCUGUGGUUUACUUAUAAUCAUUUAUGUAAUGGAUUUCUUUUAUUUUCAACGGGGUCUUGAAAUUAGACCAUGCCGUGAAAUAGUGUAUAAAAGGUGCACACGUGUAUUAUGUGUGCGUUGUUUUGUGUCUUUUUAUGUAAAUCCAUUGUCAGGGCCGUAGCGAGGGGGGUAUUGGGGGGGUUAACCCCAAUCAAAAAGAGCAUACUUCGUAAUAUAUGUCUGUGUGUAAAAUAUGCGUAUUUUGUUUGUAAAUUGCGUCUUCAUUUUCCGGAUAGCAAACACCUUUGUGGCUUUGUAUGCCAUGAAAUAUUCGGAAAUGUUUUUCGUCAUUUGGAAAUUUUUGGCCUACACCCCACCCCCACCACCCCACCCCCCACCCCCACCCCCGCCAACUAUACAUGCUAGCUACGGCCCUGUCCAUUGUAGAAAUAUCGUAGAGCCGCCGAGAGGGGGGGGGCAAAUUGCCCCGAGGUGCUGGGAGCCCCUGAAAAUUUUUUGUUGGGCCCCAGUCUUUUUUCUGUGUUAAAUAUUUCCGCGCAAAGGACAACAUAUCUGUUUUAUUGGGCUAAGUCUCUGGAAAGUGCGUGCAAUGUACUUGUCCGGAAAAAUUUUUGACCCCUAAAAUGGUACACUGACCGAAAUGUUUUUGGCGGGGGGGGGGAGGGGUUUGGGGGGGCAGGUUGUCGGAAAAAAAAUUUUCCGGAAAAAUUUUUUUUCAAAAAGGGGCCCCCCCAAAAAAUUUUGCCCCAGGCCCCCGCCAACCUCUCUCCGGCACUGACUGUAUGUAAAGUUGUUACUUGGUAAUUGAUAGGUGUAAUUUGAUGAUGCACAUGAAUUUAUCAUGGGGUCGGAUUUGACCAUACUGCGAUAUUGCAAAUUUGGAAUUGGUAACAAGAUUUACUUGCCUAUUUGAUAGUGUGUGUUCUCCUUUUUGUUCCCCUUUUGCUGAAUUAACAUUUUCCAGAAACUUUGCACUACGACUUCCGAUCAUCGAUCUGUCGGCACAAGCGCUUCUAAUCGAAAAUUCACCCCUUCAAAUCGCAAAAAUUUGCCAACUUGUAGAACAGAUGCCGUUCUUCGAAAAUACUGAGAUGCGUCGAUGAGAUGUAUAAGUUUUGGACCAUAUUUUAACAAUGGAAAUCAAAACCCAUUUUAUAUUGAACUUACAAAGACCGACGGAGGGGGGAGGGGGUACAUUAAUUCGAAAUAUGAUCGUUAUAUUAAAAGCUAAUUUGAAAUAUGAUAUAUAUAGACAUCAUAAAUUGUUUUAAACACAUUUCUAAUUAUAACAUCCGUGCUAUAUACAAUCCAACAACAUGUUGUUUCCCAUUGUACUUCCUGCUUUUUGGUAUUUGCAGGCAGUGUCCUCCCCUGUAAGUCCAAAAAGCAGUAAAGGAGGCCUAUUAUCGUUGGUCUUUGUAAGUUCAAUAUAAAAUGGGUUUUGAUUUCCAUUGUUAAAAUAUGGUCCAAAACUUAUACAUCUUGCCAAAGCAUCAAAGUAUUUUCGAAGAACGGCAUCUGUUCUACAAGCUGGCAAACUGGAGAAUAAAGCAAUUUGAGGGGGUAAAUUUUCGAUUUGAAGUGCUUGUGCCGACGAUCGUAAGCCGUUUGCCUUUAUCAUCUAUUAUGUGUACUAGUAGCGGCCGCAAAAUCUUUAAAUGGGCCACUGAGUACAAUCACGUGUGUAAGUCACAUUAAUUUAGAAAUGAAAAAUAAACAAUUAAGAAAAUUAAGAAAUUUGCACUGUAAAUCAUUUUUUUGCACUGUAUUUAAUUUUUCGCACUAUAUUUCGAAAAAUUGCACUGCACUUAGCCAAUCAGAACUGAAUUGAGUUUUUUUCAUGUAUAUUAUCAGGAUUAUAUUUGAUUAACCAAACUAUUUACCGAAGUCUAUGGUAAAACCCAUCAAAGUCUUAGAUAAAUACCAACCUAAAAUGCACGGUUGUGUUUUGUGACUCGUUUGGUGGAGAGUAUGUUCUUUUGUUGUUUGGUGGAGAGUACUGUAUGUUCUCAAAACGUUUGGUGGAGAGUACUGUGUGUUCUCAAAACCUGUUCAGUAUAGGGCAAGAUAUUUUACAGUUUAACAGGCAGUUCUUGAAAGCGCACUGUUCUGUAUGACGCGCGAAAUACAGUACAUUCCAUUUUGAGACGGAUUUUCGCUUGCUUGCAUUCUCGCACUACUUACGUGUAAGUAACCAACUGAAAGAGCAUAAUAAUUUUAUACAAUAUAUGAAAGUUGAAGAGAAUUGUAUAGAAUAGCACGCGUGCAAUUUAUAAUUUAACAAACAAUUCUUGACAGUUUUUUUAGUAUAGCUAUCUGUAUAGGGUGCCGGGGUAAUUGCAGUGUUGUAACGAGUCAAUCAUUGACUCGGACAUCUCAUGUGGUUGUACUUAAUAUUGACUAGAACUGUGAUAUUGGUACAACCUAUGGCUGCCCAGAUACUGUUAUUAAAUGACUAAAGUGAUUAGCUUAAAACGUAAAUUUGAUUACUAAUUUCAGAGUGCAAGCUAGGGUAGCGAACCAUUACAGAAAGCGUGAGGUGCCAUUCUCGUCCCCAGAGCCAUUUUCACUCGUUGAAAAUUUGGCACUGGGUUAGACGACUAAAGGGACAGAUCUGAUUGGCUUCUCAGAGAAAUGCUAUUUUGCAGAAGUUGAGCAGUUUUCGCUGGGAAAAAUUAUUCUAUGAACAUAUGUCAACGCAACACUUCUUCGUAAUACUUCACUUUGAAAAUUGUUACUGGUGGUAAAGUGUCCCAAUUCAAGAGCAUGCGCUUUAGAAACUACUGCAAGUUUUCUUCCACUUCCUGUUCCGUAUGUCCCAGUGCCCAGGGAGGACGCGAGAGGCCCUGGGGACGAGGAUGGGGGUGGACUUGAUCAAAUUCCCUGAUUCAAGUCAAGUGUAGCUAUUGACUCGACUCGACAUAAAUCAGUGACUCGAGUGAAACCGCUGACUCGACUCGAGUGAAGCCACUGACUCGACUCGAUCAGAAGGUUAGCACUAUUUUCCAUCCAGCAAACUGACCUGACGUCAUUUUCGCAAGAUAGAAGAGGUGUUAAAUGGCUAUGUAACUAACCCAAACCCUACCCCUACUCUAACCCUAACCUCAACUCUAACCCUAACCCUAACCCAGUAACCGAAUUAAUAAAAAAAUCUAAAAAGAAACGACUUUACAAAAUCGAUAGGGCGGUUUGCUGGAUAGAAAAAAGUGCUAACCCGAUCAGAAACUGAAAUGACUCCACUCAUGACUCGACCUUUGAGUGAGUCGACUCGUGACUCGACCUGUAGGUGACUCGUUACAACUCUGGGUAAUUGUCAGGAAAAUUUCUUUUUGGACUGCUUUGAGGCGAGUUUGUUGCUUUGUGUGCAAAAUCAUAUUGGUAUUAAUUAGUUAAUAAGAACUGUAUGAUUUGUUUUUUCUAAUUCAUUUGGAAUGUUGAGAAAAAUGGCUAUAUUUUUCAUUUUUACUUCUAAGUGAGAUUAUCACAUCAGAUCGAAAAUGUCAUGCGUACUUCACAGUGGUUGGAAAGUCUGCACAAUAUCGCGCAACUGAGAUAUCGGACAUGCAACUUUUGAUGCUUUUUAUAUAGUUAGUACUAUUAUUAAAUUUUCUAAAUCUCUGGUGCACAAUUUCCAAACUUCCCAGUCAGGAGUACAUGUAUAGUUUGGUGGUAACCUUUAGGAUGUACUAACAUGCAAUGCAGUCCUACCAUGUUAUUUAUCUAAUUAUGUCAACUCAUCAAGAGAACAGUGUUGUACAUUAAUAGCUAAAAAACCAUUUCUUUACCACCAAUCUUUGAUACACAAACAUUAGGCAUGUGUUUGUCUGUCAUGGUGACUAAAAUUUGACACCUUCCAGUCUGCAAACAUGCUACUAGUGUACAUGCAAAAGCACUUGUUUAUAAAUUAUCAGACAACAGAUUGGCUUUGUUUAAAUCUAUAAAUAUGGAUGGUUGUUCAUUAAUUGUCCCAAGUCUGAUUUUGUUGCACAUCAUUUGGAAAAGUAAUGUGCAAAUUUUACUAUUUGGUCCAAAACGAUGUGCAAAUUGCACAUUGUACACUAUUACUUCGAACCCUGCAUAUCCUGCAAUUUCAGGGUGAAAUUCAUGCUAAGAGUAAAGAGGACAACAGCAAAAAGUGUUACAGCGAAGCUAAGCUCUUAUUCAUUUUCAACUAACGAAGACAAAGUUGAAAUAAAAUUAUUCAGAGUUUUUACAGGUGUUAAUUGAAAUUUAAUGUCAGAAAAUUACAGCAAUGCUCCUGGAAGCAUGCACUCCCCAGGCAGCAUCUUAAUUGGCGCUACAUCGACGCUAUAAGUGACAUAAACCUGGUAAAACAUUGCCGGUGCUGUUCGCUGCUGGGCGUGUUGAAGAGCUAAGAGAGCUACAUGUAUUAAGCUGAAAUGCGAACGACGCAGCUCAUCCUGUUCAAGUUGAAGGCUUUCUAAGGGCACUACAUGAGGCUGCAGGGCUGCAAAUAAAUAUUUGACUUGACAGGACAUUUGUCCGAUCACUUUUAAUUUUGGUCGGACAUAACUUGAAUUUGGUCGGACAAAAACCAACAUCACUAAAUUUCGUCGGACAUAUAUACGUCACAAGAUAUAUAUAUAAGUCACGAGACAAGUAUGUAUGCCAUUCCGGCGCAACGUUAAGUAAAAUUAAAUGCUAGAUCGCCUCGUAAAUUUUAUUGCAAAAUGCAAAUUGAGUGAAUUUGCAAUCGGAUUUUGUCACAGCAAAAAAAUCACGAAGCUCAGCUACAGUAGAAGGUUCUAUAACACUGCAUACUUGCAGGGAAGUGAGUCCGGGAUUGGACGCACCGAGGGUGCCUGGAAGUUUCUUGUUUGGAUAACGAACAUUUUAGCCGCCAACAUACUACGCAAACAAACAAACUUAGGCUUAAAUUGAAGCAAAAAAAUUCUCUACAAUAUUCCCUUAUUCUUGAAAAGAGAAAAUGCACACAUUCUGCGAAAACAGUGCGAAGAUUUAUAUAAAUCUGCCCGAGCCGAACAAAUUUCGGCGGCCAUCUUUCUUCUCUUCCACUUUGAAUACAGAAUAUUCGAUUUUCAUCAAACAAAAUAAAAAAAUAAUAAUUAUAAAACAAUUAAAAACAGUUAAUUUACUUUUUCUUUAAAUCUUCGUCUGAAAUUUGUUCAAAAUCGCUUCAUAAUGGCCGCCGCCGAAACAUCGAUCUCGAACCCCCCUCCUAAACAUACGUCAGCAGGUGGGUUCGCGAUCGAGAUUCAACGCACCUCCUCGUAGUUCUGGCCAACAGGAAAGCCGCUAAUACGUUAGGUAUGAGAUAAAGUUAGGUGUUAAUCCCAACCCACCCUGUAAACAUUUUCUAUGAGAGGGAACCUCGGGGAACUGGAGUAUUCCGAGAAAAUCCAACAACAUUUGGUAUAGCCUUGAUUAACUCGUUUCACAUAAGUGUCAUGAGUCCGCAGUGAGGAUAGAACCCACGAUCUGUGGAGCUACCGAAGCGCCGUAAUAGGGACACCUUCUUUUACCCAAAUUCAAUUGAAACUAAUGACUGUCAUAUAAGAAUCCGCUUCGCCAAAUCUUUACUCGGAUUGAAAUGAAUUGUCUGAACACAUUCAACACAUACUCUUUGAUCACUAUCGUUUUGGACUUCCAAUGAUCUCUUCAGGUUACAAUGGCCGUUGGAUUGGGCUGCCCCUCUUUUUCAGCCAGACAUUAAGUGUUUACCUGGGCUUCCUGUGUGAUUUUAUACUUUUCAGCAUUUUAAAUGUUUAUGCAGGAAGAUAAUUAUUGCAGUGUGAGAGGGUAAAAUUGGUUGAAUCUGCUGCAUCAGCCGCAUUGUAAAAUACUGGUAAAGUACGUGAUAACCUGUCAGUCUAAAAAUCAAAUGGCUUAUUGGUUUUAGAAAACAUUGAAAAGCCUUCUGUCGAGAACUUGCAUGGUGACUCCACUCCGGAAAUUUUUGUUUGAACGUUUUUAAAAACAUUUCGUCAUUAACUAUGACACUUCAAACGAGAGUGAGAUUCUUAGUAUCGUAGCGUUUUAAUGAAGCCAUCCUGUUACGUUAUAAUAUAUAUCAAAGAAUUCAAGCGCUUUCAUUGGUCGAGAGCCAUGACCUAUUAGAUGACAGGCGCAUGGAAUUACGUCACACGUGACGUAUCGUGUGACGUAACUGAAGGUAGCCAAUAGCAUUCCCUUAUUUCUAUAGAUCAUGUACGCGUGAUAUUUGUAAAAUUUCGAUUUUUUCAAAUUUAUAAAUGUUUGGGUGGAUGACAGAGAAUAAAAGCUAUUUACCUGUUUAAUUCGGGGAGUUUCUUUUUAUUAUAUAAAAAAUAUCUAUUUGUCAAAUAGUCUUAGUUUGUGUUGACCUUGUUUAAUGUUUAGAGCAGAGGACAUUAUCAACGGAUGGUGCCACAAAUGAAGCAAACAGUGUAACAGUAUUCUCAGAUGAAGAUCGAAAACAUUCGGAGAACACUAAGCAAGAAGAACCGAGUGGUAAGACUUCAAAACAGACACUAAAUAAAGAGACCUUGGAGCAUCAAAUGGAAAUGACAGUCAUUGGUGGGGAGAACAAAAAACAGAAACCAAACGCUGUUCGGAGAGCAUUGCCCAAGUGGCUUGCCAAUCCAUCUUUUUUCUCUAGUGAUGUGAAUAAAAAUCUACUAGCAAUCACUGAAAUUGAGGGUCUUCACUCUGGCUUAGUUCAGAAGCUUGAAAAGCAGGGAGUUGAGCAUUUCUUUCCAGUCCAAGAGUCAGUUAUCCCUGCAAUGCUAUCGUCUUGGGAGAGAAACAGUCCCUUUGGAAAAGGUGGUUUUCUGCCACAAGAUAUUUGUGUGUGUGCCCCAACAGGAAGCGGAAAAACUUUGGCGUAUGUGCUACCGGUGAUUGAACUACUGAAGCACAACACUGUACGAACAAUUGAAGCGUUAGUGAUUGUACCAACCAAGGAUUUGGCAACUCAAGUGUGGCAUGUUUUUAACAUGUAUGUUCAAGGAACUGGGCUAAGUGUUGGGCUUGCUAAUGGGCUUAAAAGUUUACAAAAAGAGCAGCAGCAACUUGGUUCAAAUAGGUACGGUAUGACGAGAAUCGAGAUUGUGUUCAGGUUUUUGUAGAUCCGUGAAGGUGUUCAAAAAUUCCAGAUGGAUAUACUUGUUGACUACUCGAAAUAGUUGUGGAAUAAGUGCAUGGUAGCAUAGGGUAAAUAUCAGGAUUUGGAUAGUUGAUCCUGAUUGGUCACGACUGAACGUAGUGGUUCUGAUUGGCUGGACUUAAAUAUCAACGAACAUUGGACUUCGAUUUACAAAAUCGAAAUAAUAUUUUCUUGACACUUGAUGUUCAUUGUAAAUUUUACCACUCUCUCAUUGCUUCAAACUACAUGUACUAAAUUUUCGAUGCAAAAAUGUUUCUGAUGUAUUACUUUUGUUGAAAUGAUACAAAAAGGUGUCAUUUGAAAGCUAAAACCUUUUUGAUACAGCCUGUGUAUUGAUUUACCAAAAAUGUGAAUAAAUGUUUAUAUAAAUGCCAUGCAUCGAUUGCUUAUUUUUCGAUCUCUUUGCAUGAAACUGCUGAUAAAAUUAUUUGGAUGAAGUCACAAUAAUUUAUUCAAAAUUACAGUAUUACAUUUCAUGGAACACCUUCUAUAGUUCUUUUAUUUAUUAUACUAAACACUAAGUUGUUUAAUUAAUCUAUUCAAAUUUAGUUUUCUUGGGUACUCAAGUAAUGUGAACAUAUUGGUGGCCACUCCAGGAAGGCUGGUUGAACAUAUAUCCAGUACAGAUGGUUUUUCAUUGCAGUUCCUUAGAUUCCUCAUCAUUGAUGAAGCUGACAGACUCCUAGCAGAACCUUAUUUUGGUUGGCUUGACAAAGUUUAUGGAUCAGUCUUUUCAUCUACUGAAAGUCAAGAAGCGCACAGGUUGGUAUUGGAAACCAGGGUUGCAGUCGCGCUGCCAAGCUUAAAUUAAUUACCAGACCAGGCUACAGUACAGUAUGUAUAUAUAACUAUAAGCGUCUUUCCCACAACUGUCGUUUUACCUUUUUCGGCACGGCUAAUUGUCACAUACAGUAGCGAAAGAGGUCAUGCCCAAGGAAUGUCGAUUCACUUAAAAAAAGUCGUUAGAUAAAAAACGUAGAAGAAGAUGAAGAAUAAGGAUAUUCGAGAACAAAAAUAGUGAAAGCUUGAUAAACUCAGUAUUUAUGCAAAUAUCUCCAAUAGUAUCAUAAAAUGUUUACCUUUUAUCAUAGAAUGGGACAAAUACAGGACCGCGCGCGGAGCAGCGAGGCCGAAGGGCUUCAUUUCUCGUGGAAUAAUAUUUCGUAGAGUGAAAGGUUUAGACCUAAAUUUUUCCUACUGGAAAAGAUCUGAACUGGAGAGGUUCUUGGCUAUAGUUUACAAACGGCGAUCGUCUGAACUACUAAAAUAUAAAAAUUAAAAAGAACUUCGAACGAAUGGGAAAAACACAUGCAUUGCAUGUGCUUUUAUACUAGUGAAUACAAACGCAAUAACGUGAUAAAAAUAAACAGAAAUUUAAAUCACAUUGCGAAAUAUGUUCAAUUAAAUAUGGAAACUGCGUGAUAAAGACAUAUAAAUAUAUGCAUGGAUUCUUGGCUAAAUUGUCAUCUAUAUAUUCAGUUUAAUUUGUGUGUUCAGUUACAUAAUGUAUCUAAUUUUGAAUUGUAAUUAUUAUUAUGGCUUGGUGGUGAAAUAUGAUAAAGAUUUUAUUUCGUUAAGGUAAUAUUCUAUUCUCGUUCAAAUAAAUAAAUAAUGGACAUGCCAUCGCGUUUACAAAAUAAAAGCUAAAACAUUUCAUGUUAAUUUGUAUUUAGAGUCAACAAGAUUCACGGGAAUACAAAAUGGGUGUUUGUUGCAAAUACGAUUAUCCCUUUCCAGAAAUCAUUAUUUUAGUAUUCAAACAUUUAUAUGGCCUGACGAAUCCAAAGUUGUUUGUUUUUCGACCCUUGUUGUACAAUAUAGAUCCUAAUUGGUAAUAACUCAUACUGUUUCUUCCUACAGAUCACCUUUAAAUACAUUAACACCUUUGAAGACUGGAAAAAUUCAGCGACCUCUUCAGAAGUUAUUGUUCUCAGCAACCCUUACACAGAAUCCUGAGAAACUUGCUCUUCUUCAAUUGUACAAGCCCAGGUUCUUCACAGUGUCGAAGUCUAAAAAUGAUACACGUGGUACAGAAGGUGAGAACAACUUACCGCUGUUACCUAUUCUUGAGUCUUGAGAAACGGGUGGCAGUCAACAAUUUACCCUAAUUGGAUAUUAGUGUAGCAUUGGCGAUUAAUGUAAUGCGCUGCAGCACAAGCAGCUACACUCAUGUGUCAAGUGAAUUGACCGUAACAGAUCAUACGAAUUUACAAGGGUGGGCUGUAGCGAAGUAGUUGUAGUUCGCUACUGUAGCGAACUACAAUUUUCAAGUAGCCAGUAGUUUUUUACUACUUUUUUAAAACAGUAGCUGUAGUUAUAGCGAACUACAUUUUGCCUAAAAGUAGCCAAGUAGUUGACUACUUUUAAAACAGCGAAUCGCUAUUCGCUACUUUUUAAAAUUGUUAGCAACUUGAUAGAAUAGCAUGAUAUUGAGACACGGUUUGCUUAAAAUCAAUACUCAAUAGUCAAUUUGCACUCCUGAACACUGUAGUGCUUACAAAAAUGUUGCUUUGUGUUUACUGUUGCUACUCGUAAGUCGAUUUAUUAUAGGUUACAUUACAGCCUGAGUUAGUAGGUGCUCCAAAUAUAGUAAAACUAAAAAAUAUAGUGUAGCGAAAUAGCGAAAUAGUUCGCUACAUUUUUGAAGCAGUAGCUGUAGUCAGUAGCGAACUACUUUUGUUCAAAAGUAGCAGUAGUUGUAGCUGACUACAUAUUUUUGAAGUAGCUGUAGUUAUAGCGAACUACAAAAAUUUUGUAGUCAACCCACCCUUGCGAAUUUAUUAGGACUAUUCUAUUUACAUCAGAUAAAGCGUAUAAGAGUACAGCCUGCCUCAAUGUUCCCCAGCCUAGUGACCUGUAAAGCUAUACACAUAGCUUUAAUGUGUUUAACUCAGUCCUAAUAGGUAACACUUUUACCACUUGCGCCGUCUUUGCUUCCCUCUUAUAGUACAUUCAGGUGGCGCAGUCGUCAGAGCAAGCACCUUUCACCUCUGAGAUCGUGGGUUCGAAUCUCGCUACGGACUCAUGUGAAAAGAGUCUGUCAACGCUCUGUCGAAAGUCGUGGGUUUUCUCCGGCCGCUCCGGUUUCCUCCCCAAGGGAAAGUUGACAGGGUGGGUUAGGAUAAACACAGUUAAGAAAGUAAUCACAAUUGUGGUAAAAAUAAAUAGACGCGUAAAAACGCUCAGGUUGUUGCAAUACUGUUCAAAACAGGAUUGAACAAUGUUUUGCUGCCCACGUUGUUCUAACCUGAGAUCAGGCUCUAUUUUACAAAUAAUAUUAUACCUCAAAUUCAAAUUGUCCAAUCAGGAAGCUUAGUUUGUGCCACGUGAGCAUGAAAUUAAUCGCGAUAUCACGUCUUACGUCAUCAAUUAGCGAGCCUGCGUUCCUUUUGACAAUGUUCCACCCCAUGUUCCCCGGGGAACAUGGGGUGGAACAUUAUUCGCGUGCACCACACGAGACAACAACAUGGCCGACAAAAUAUAAAUAGUAUUGACGAGUGAUGAAUAAUCAAAUUUUAAACGUAAAACCUGGAGCUUUUUCAUAAUUUUGAAGCAAAUUUUGAAAAAUGUUGUCAUUAAUAUUCCAAACGAUCUGUGAUUCGAAAGAAAAGCGACGAUACUUGCGUUAAUCCGAAAAUAAAACAUCCUAUUCACGAAGGUAUGUGUCACGUUUUUAAUUCUCAACUUGGAGGCUUUUAAUUUUCGGUAUAAUAAUCAUUUAUAGACCCUCCGCUCGGAUGAUUCGGCGAAAUAUUACCCUCAGUGAUGAUAUUUCCCUCGGGGCAAAGCCCCUCGGGAAAAAUCACUUCGGGUAAUAUUUCGCCGAAUCCCCCUCGCUCCAGGUCUAUAAAUGAUAAAUAGCCUGACACAAUCCUUAAUCCGAUCGCUUUCCACCCACAGCAAAGUUUAUAUUUAGUAUCCAAUCAAAAUGUUGCAGGAGAAAUUUAAAUUUCACACAACGACAACAACAAUCUAAUUAUAGUUGUGAUCACUAUAAAUAUAUCAACGACAAUAGUAUAAUCUAAUUAGCACCAACCAAUCAAAUGACAGAUUAAAAAAUCUUUUGUCUUUUGUUUGACCGGCAUGAGAAUAUCGACAUUUUAACGCUUUCGGAAACGCAUAUAGUUAAUGGACAGUUUGAUGAUAAUGAAGACCUGUACAAAAUUUGGAUAUAUGUUGGUGAAGAGUAAUCGGAAAGUUGGAAAAGGUGGGGGUGUAGCUAUAUAUAUUAAGGAAUGUAUUGAGUGGAGAAGAAGGCAAGAUCUUGAGAAUGAUAGCGUCUAAAGCAUGUGGAUUGAAGUAUUCAUUAAGAAUUCGAAAAGUUUGUUAGUAGCGGUGUAUUAUAGGCCACCGGAGAGUUCACGCUAUUUUCCAGCGAAUUUUGAUGAAACUUUUAAUGAUACACUUAGAGAAAGUGCAAACGAGUCAAAAGAAAUCAUAAUCUUAGGAGAUUUCAACAUUAACUUUCUAAAAGCGAGUGAACAUAAAGAUUUUAAAGAAUUAAUCAGACUUUAUGGUUUCAGUCAAAUUAUUAAACAAGCAACCCGUAUUUCUAAAGAUACAUCAACGCUAAUUGAUAUUAUACUAACAAAUAACCAUUAGUAUUGUCUAGGAGUGGAGUUUUUAUGGUUGACCUGAGUGAUCACGAAAUGGUUGGUUGCAUAUACGUAAAUUAAACAAUGUCAAAUUUACUCCAAAGGUUAUAACAUGUCGUAAUUACUCGGCUUAUGAGCCUGAAGUAAUGAAAGAAGAUUUUAGGAGAGUCAAUUGGCAGUCAUAAAAUACUAUGAACGAUGUUAACAAGGCAUUAGAGUACUUUUUAACUAUACUGUUAAAGCUAUCUUUGACCGUCAUGCGCCUCAAAUGGUUAAGAAAGUAAGAGGAAAACCUUGUCCAUGGAUUAAUUCUGAUAUCAGAAAAACAAUGUCAUCAAGAAAUUGUACGCUAAGAAAAGCGCGUAGAACAAAAAAGGUAGAACAUUGGAAUUUAUAUAAGAAAUUACGAAACGCUUGCAAUAACAAAAUGCGGUUUGCGAAGAGUACAAAUCAUAACGACUUGUUGGAAACAGCAUCAAGUCCUAAAAAGUUUUGGAAUAUAAUUAAAAAUAUCUUUCCCACGAAACCUAAAUCGAUAUCGAUGUCAGUGAACUCAAAAAAUGACAAGAACAAACACAGGGUAAAUAUCUUUAGUACAUACUUUGCUAAUGCUAUUCAACUGCUAAAGGAAAAAUCAAUGCCGUUAAGGAAUUUUGCAUGGAAACAGCCAGUUAAAAUAGCGACACGAACACAGAAAAUAUUCCAAAUUAAGCAUAUAUCAACAGGUUUUGUCCUUAAUGAGCUGAAAAAUUUCAAAAAGGCAAGUCCACUGGGGUUGAUGAGCUGCCGGCAGGCAUGUUGAAGGAUAUUCGCGAGUUUAUUUCAUAUCCAUUGUAUCAUAUUCUAAAUUUAUCGAUUGAAACAUCCACAGUACCAACUAUGUGGAAAGUGGCAAAGAUAAUUCCAAUAUACAAAUCUGGACCAUAUGAACUUCCUGAGAACUUUCGACCUAUAUCGGUGUUGCCAGUUUUGUCAAAACUAUUGGAAAGAGCUGUUCAUGGGCAAUUUCUUAGAUUUUUAGAGGAAGAAAAAUUAUUAACUGAUUGUCAAUACGGGUAUCGGAUGAAGAGAUCAACAAGUCUAGCUGCAAUUCAAUUUAUCGAUGACAUAAGAAACGAAGUUGAUCAGGGGAACCUUGUUGGGGCCAUUUUUAUAGAUCUCAGCAAGGCCUUUGAUACUAUUAACCACGAUGCCCUUCUUACAAAGUUACAGGCAUAUGGUGUUCGAAAUAGAGAAUUGACAUGGUUUACAGACUAUUUGUUCGGACGACAACAAUAUGUUCAACUUGGAGGCAAUAAAUCGUCAAACCAACCUGUUUUUAUUGGAGUUCCUCAGGGGUCAGUGCUGGGACCUUUGUUAUUCCUAGUGUUUUAUAACGAUCUUGUUGACAUAGGGAUAAACUCACGUAUUAUAAAGUAUGCUGACGAUACUGUUAUCUAUAUUGCUCUGGAAAAAAUAUAGAAAUGAUAGAGAAAACACUGUCAAGCGAUAUGGAUGUAAUUGCAGAGUAUUUUGAUGCAAAUGAAUUGUUAAUAAAUCUAAAGAAAGGGAAAACUGAAAUGAUGGUUUUUGGUACUGGAAAAAGAUUAUCUGCACAACCUCGUCAAUUGAGAGUUGGAUAUAGAGGGCAACCUAUAAAUACAACACAGUCCUACAAAUAUCUUGGUUACGUACUUGAUCCUGGUCUGACACUUAAUGAAAACUUUGAGGCAGCCUAUAAAAAAGCUAGUAACCGAGUACGACUAUUAUCAAGGAUCCGUAACUAUGUGACACCAAGUGUGGCGACGAAGAUAUAUCAAAUGAUGAUUGUACCAAUAAUUACGUAUAGUGGGAUGGUCAAAUUAUUUCUAACUGAGACGAAGCGACGAAAGCUUACGUCCAUUGAAAACCGAGCACGAGCAAUUAUUGGUGAAGAAAUAUACUUGCCUGAUCUGGAUAAAUUGAUAAGAAAGAAAGCGUGUGAUGUUUUACGAAAAUGCUUGGAAAAAGAUAUUUGCAGUAACUUCUAUAAUUAUUUUGAAAUUUAUAACCAUAGUCAUAAUACGAGAAACAGAAAUAAUAUGAUAAAGCUACCAAAAGUAAAGCUUGAAUUUGGUAGACAUGCUUUUCGCUUUGCAGCGGCAAGAAUUUAUAAUGACUUGCCUUGCGAAAUUCGAGCUGAAAAGGAUAGCAAAAUAUUUCGGAAACUGCUAUAAAAUCAUUACCAAUGAUUAAAUUAUAGUAUAUAUUAUUAAUAUAGAUUAUAGAUUAUUUAGUAUGGACUAUUUAGUUAAAUAGAGGACACAUAUUGAUAACAGUAGAUUACUGAAAUGUUUAUCCUCUGUAAAGAUUUUGAAAUACAAAUACAAUACAAAUAAACCAAUCAGAUUUACAACCGAAAUACGGUUGUAAAAACAUGGACUUUUGUUAAGGUUUGUAUCAGGCCUAUUUAUUUAUUUUUAGGCCUGAUCGCAGGUUAACGUUGUUCACACUUGUCAACAAUAUUGAACAAUAUUGUUACACCCCAUUCAGGCUCAACAAUAUUGUUCAAUAUUGUUGACUAGUGUGAACAACGUGGGCAGCAAAACAUUGUUCAAUCUUGUGAAGCAACGGACUCGGCGUUUUUUGCGUGUACGCUAAGUAGGUAAUGUAAGUAAGCUUAAUACGUGAUGUAAUUGGUCACUGAAAAGCCCCAAUAGGGAGUGAGCUGAAUAAUAAUGUAUGUAUUCCAAAAUACUCCAUCAGUCCAUCUCUUCUUAAAGUCUGAGUAUGCAUUGGUGCAAUAUUUGUACAGGGUGUCCGGUGUCCUAUAAAUGCCCCCUUCCUUCUCCCGAUAUGUUUUAUGAUAUCACUACGUACGUCUUAAUAGAAGUUUCGGAGUUUUAUACUGGUGAUAAGUGAUAAAUAAAGUAAUAUAGUAGUUAUUUCAUCCAGUGUAAAAAUCUUAAACUUCUAUUAAAGCUAACGAUCUAAUGUUAGAAAAAAUUGGGGAAUUGGGACACUUUGCAUAACAAGAUUGAUGUUCAAACAAGCUUUCACACAUACAGGCCUACAUUUUCUUGUUUUUCUCUAAAUACCCAAGUACUAGUUUUGAAAACACCAAUAAGUUUUCUCAUCUUUUUGUCCUUGUAAAAAUAGAGUUCUAUAAACCCCUACUAUUCCAGCAAACCCCAGCAAUUCAGAUGUGACAGAUAUAAACUAUUGAAAGAAUUUGCCGUUUUUAACAGAACGUCUCAGCUUCGUAUGUAAAUUCCCAUUCCUGAUCAUGUGAUGUUUACGUAUUUAUUCUUCUUUCAAUAUUCAAAUAUAGAAUGCCUAAAGACAAAGAUGCAAACGUCAACCUCAUCCUUCCCCCCACUUCUCUUGUUUUAGAAUUAGGUAACGAAGCAAACGAAGAGUUUGAGAUGCUGUUGGAAACACCUGCAACUUUAGAAGAGUCAAUGUACAUUUGCAACAGUGGAGGCAAACCUCUGGUUUUGUUACAUCUACUUACUGUGCAAGGCUUGGAUGGAGUUCUUUGUUUUACAUCAUCAGUUGAAUCAACACACAGGCAAGUAAUGUAUAUAUAUAUAUAUAUAUAUAAGUUUCGUUUUAGACCAUAAAGAUGAAGCUAUAGUAGUACACGUGUGUGUCAACAUACGUUUCCCCAGAUUCCAGCCUCGCUUCAAUUACAUACACAACAAAAGGUAUUUCAACGCAAACGCCUUCAAUCAAGACUUCUCUUCCCUGCCAUUGAACAUUGUAUAUGAACUAGAGUCUUCUGAUGAUGUGGUCGACGUGAUGAACUCCUUCAUCGACAUCAAGGAAUGUAUAGAUCGUCAUGCCCCUCUUAGGAAAGUCAAGGUUACACGUCCUCCAGCGCCGUGGUUGCAGACAGAUGAGAUUCGUCACUUACAAACUGAGCGAGACAGGCUAAGACGAGAAGUUCAAAAAGACGGUAGUACGGAAACCUGGAUAUCAUUAGAGCAAUACGGAACAAAAUCAAAACGGUUACCGGUAAAGCAAGAAGGUCGUUUUUAGCCAAAGCCCUUUCAUCGAAGUGUCCGAAACAAGUGUGGAAAGUAAUACAUCGUAUUCUUCAUCCUAAUCCCAAGCCACUCCACGAAGAUCCCGAGAAAUUGAACAAAUAUUUCAUAAUUUCUACAGCUACAAGAACUCUGGGCACCGAACCAGACGAUGUGCAGGAUCUUUUAACUACAGUCACUACCCGAACAGACUGAACACUCAGGCUUUACACUUGUUAAAGAAAUUUCUCGGCUACGUUCAGACACUUCAACGGGCUUCGAUCAGAUCCCCGUAAAGUUUAUAAAGCUCGUAAGUAAUGACCUCGCUGGUCCUCUCACCUACAUAAUCAACACCUGCAUCGAUUCCUCGAUAUUCCCCAGAACUUGGAAAACGCCUCGGGUAUCUCCCAUCCCCAAGGUCAACAAUCCCACGUGUGAGAAAGACUUUCGUCCGAUAUCGAUAUUACCUGCCCUAUCAAAGAUCUUUGAACGCUUGGUGAACGAUCAACUUGUAACGUACAUCGAUGAGCAAGGAUUAUUAGCAUCGGGCAUUUCGGGAUAUCAUAGGGGUCAUUCUACCACAACGGUUCUGUUAAGAAUUAGACAUGACGUAUAAAAGCAAUGAAACGAGGAGAAGUUACAAUGAUGGUUUGCGCUGACUAUUCUAAGGCGUUUGAUAUGGUUCAGUUCAAAGCAGUGUUAACGAAAAUGCAUGGGAUGGGAUUUUCAAAAAAAUUCCUUCGAUUGGAAUUGAACUAUCUUUGCGAGCGACAACAAUUUGUUCAAAUCGACGAUGCAUCUUCUGAGUUAGCCACUGUAGAGUGUGGGGUACCUCAAGGCUCUAUCCUAGGUCCAAUUCUGUUCAAUUUGUACGUUGCCGACCUUCACGAAAAGCUAAAGUGUCCGUGUUAUCAGUAUGCAGAUGAUACCACAUUCUAUCAACACACCAAGGUGGCUGAUUUAGAACACUGUGCCACCCAAAUAAACAACACCAUUUCCAAACUCGUGCAAUACUCUAAUGAAUCCAAUUUGGCCUUGAAUGGGAAGAAAACAAAGUGGUUACUGUUGUCAACCAGGCAAAUGUCAAGACUUCGCGGAUUAUAAGAUGCUCCUGUUCAACUGACAUGUAACGAAGAAACCUUGGAACGGGUGCGAAGCAUAAAACUUCUUGGGGUUAAUGUGGACGAACAUUUCUCUUGGAUCGAACACGUUAAGGCAUUCCUCUCUUCGUGUUAUGGAGUUUUGUCUGUGCUGAGGAAGUUACGCAACUUAGCGCCAUUCCACGUUCGGAAACAGCUAGGAGAAAGUCUAAUCCUAUCGAAAAUGGACUACUCGUGUGUUGUGUUUCACCCUCUAUAACUAUACCAACAGAAGCAACUAUGCGCAAGUUUCGUGUUAGCACGUUACGCAAGAGGAGCAGGUUCCUUACAAUUGGGGUGGCUCCCAGUAACUGAGCAAAGACAGUUCCAAUUGCAUCUAUCUGCAUUUAAAGCUUUGUACUUUAAUAAUUGGCCUUAAUACAUUAAGGUAGAUCAGUAUGUACCAGGACGAACUCUACGAUCAUCAUCACAGAUCCAACUUGAAGUGCCAACCGAAAGCGGAACAUUUCAGGACAGUGCUGCAGCUGCAUUUAACUAUCUGCCAGAUUGGUGGCGAAUUGCAAAGAUUUCAACAUUUUUAGAACAAGUGUGAAAGUCUAUCUCAUAGACAUAGCCCACGAGAGGCUCGGGCCGGGGUAUAAAUGACUAUGUUUUUGUUACAUCUAUUUUGUGAAAUAUGUAUUGUGACUGUGUGAAUGUACUGUAUAGAUUUAUUAACUCUUCAUAUCUGCUCAUUGUAAAUAUAGUACUUGUUAAUGUAGAUUAGUUAAUUUAGUGAUAGAAUUCAAUUUGGAAUCGCUAAUAAAUAUUAUUAUUAUUAUUAUUAUUGUAUUACAAACAACGGAGUUGGGUAUUUGUUUUAGAAUUAACUGUCGGUUUUGAGACCAGAAUUAAAGACAAUGCUGUACGUAUUAACACAAUCAUUAUAGUGGUCUAUGUUCUGAACAAAGAAAUCAGUAUAACAUAGUAAAGUUUGUCAACAUCUCGGUUGGAGCUUUGGGAAUUCUGGGAAAGAGCAGUCGUUCAUUCAUGGACUUUAUAUCUAACGACUUGUUAUUAGAUAAUCAAAAAACUAAUCAUCUAAUUGCUAAAAUGGGUGCAUGUUGUAUUAGAUCAACUUAUUAUAUAAUCUGCCGCAAAGACAAGGACUGGACGGAACCUAACUUAUUAACAUGGUAGUAUUUUUCAAUUAUUGUAACAUAUCUAAAUAUCUUUUACAUUUUAAUAUUUUUAGCUUUCUUCCAGCUUGUACCAUAAUUGCAGCCUUCUGCCUGUGUUCCAGAGACUAAGGUUGUAUCUUAGUAUAGUUAUGUAAUAAAAUUUGAUGUGUCCAUUAUUAUUAUUAUUAUUGUUAUCAUUGCUACUUGUAUUCGCGCAUCAUAUUAUGUAUUCUGUCAACGAAACAAAGACUGGACUAGCCCAAAGCUUUUAAAAUUUUGAACGAUUGUAUAUUUUUAUGUAUUUAUAUAGAAAUAAUUUUCAAAUAAAGUUGUUAUAUUAUAUUAAAUUCCUUAUUUUUGUAAAUUUAUAUAAUCCAAAUAUUUUUCAAGUAGUCAUCGAUAAACUACCUUUAUGAGCGAGGUUUAUCAAUGUAAAUAUAGUUUUAUGGUAUAUUAUGAAAUAAAUAAAGUUUCCAUUAUUAUUAUUAUUAUUAUAUAUUUUGCUCCAGAAACAGACAAUGGACUUGCCCUGAACUCUUAUAUUGGUAGAAUUCAUGCUCUCAUGUGUAUGUAUAGUAUCUUAUUUGACACUGUCCACGUUGUUACCUUACGAAGGUAUUUUAAAUAAGUAUUGUAAUAGCAUUUCUGUAGUAUUUUUAUAACAUUUUGAUGAUUUGUAAAUAUUUUAAGCUUAGUUUAAUAUUGUAUUCUCUUCUUUGUACCAUAAUGUAGCCAGGUUGCCUAGUACUUUUGUGAGAGCUGGUUACUUGUAAUAUUUGCAAGAAAUAAAAUGUGUUUCCAUUAUUAUUAUUAUUAGUAUUAUUAGGAGGAGGAGGAGGAGAUGAUAGCUGAAAAAUAAAAACAGAACUUGGACGUAUACGCUAGACAAGAAGCCCCAAGUACAUAUUUAAGUGUUUGUUCUAAAAGUACAAGUGCUCAUCUGGGGGACUCAGACGACAAAUAUUUACAAUCAAUAUGGUUUAAUUAUUUUAUUCCCCAUUCCAUCAUGCCCAACAUUAAAUAUUUUAUAGGAUUUUCAAUGGGAUCAGUAACUGUAACAUCGCGUUCGACCAAAACUAGUCUAAGAAUAUAAUACACCCUUCCGGAAAGCACGUCAUUUUGGCUAUAAGGUUUUGUUUUCGUGUAUGUGACAUUAGUUAAAGCUGAACGUCUCAAGUUUGAAAUCGAGGCUCUAUAGCCAAGUUGGCAUACUUUCCGAAAGCCUGUAUUGACUUCAUUACUGCAACAAAAACGUUUACAAGUACUUCACCCUUUUCUAAACUUUCUACUGUGUUUAUUAAUUGAUUGUAUCAAUUAUCUUAUGCUAUAUCAAUGUUAUGCUAUACCUCAUUCUCAAUUCAGGUUGAUCCCAUUCAAUUCCCAAUAAUGCAUUAUUCAAAUUAGGUACAUUAACAUAAUUAAAUUUCUAUCCGUACGUCCAUAAGUACGUGCUUUUCCAACAACGAAUAUACAUUUCUUAUCGUCUUUCUGGUGGCUAUGAUCCACCUCAGUGGCGGACACUUUACUAAAUAUUUUGAUUGCAUGCCUCCAAUUCUUUUUAUUACUACAACGAAUUUCUGUUAGUCCUCAAACUUCGAAAUGAAGAAAAUGUACCAUUGAUUGAAUGAUCUAACCAUGCUUAAAUCGGCCACGAAAACCGCUAAUUUGAUUUCAUGUAAUUUAGACUGUACCUCUUGGUAAAACAUUUUGGUGGGAUUGGAGUGCAAGAGUUUUCUUCCAAUCUGACUGCCGCGAGGAGGCAGACAAUACUCAAUGAUUUCAAAUGUGGGAAAACACAAAUCAUUAUUUGUUCUGAUGCAAUGGCACGUGGUUUAGAUGUCCCUGCGGUAAAAUAUGUCAUAAGUUAUGAUCCGCCCGUGUCAUCGAAGACCUACGUUCAUCGUGUUGGCAGAACAGCCAGGGCUGGGAAAACCGGUAGGUUCACUAGGGUGAUUUAGAUGCGAUAUCCUGGCAUGAAACAACUUACAGGUCCCUGAGAGCACUUCCAUCGCAUUGACUAAAGCGAACAAUAAAACUAUAACGCAUCGACAGCGCAUACAACUCACUGUACAGAUUCUUCAAUUGUGAGUUCAUUUUCAUGAGAUGCUAUUUCUGCUUGAGCGUACUGUGGAGGGCUGGAAUUCAGGUUUUUGGUAAAUUUUGUAUUUUCCGGUCACAUCAGCAAAACCCCAGAAGAAAUGCACGACGUUACAGACGAAAAGCAUUACAGAACGCAACCGAACAACGACAGCAAUUGCAACAACAACAACAACAACAACAACAACAAACUCACAACAAUGAACAACAACUGGGCAACUUGCGACACAUUGUUGGGGAAACAUUUGAAAAUUUCGUCGAAUGUUCCCCAUUUGUGGCCAACUUUCGAAACAUUGUUACAGAAACAAAAUUCGCUGGGCGGAAACAAAGAGUGUUUCCCCACAAUUUCAGAAUCAUAUUUCGUUUCUCAAGAGUGAUAUUUGUUUCCCCAUUUGCCCACCUUCAGGAAACAUGGCUCGGAAACUGUUUCCCGAGUUGCCAAGAUACUACAGUAGCUUUUAAGAAGGAAAUCUAACUUACGUUUAGACACAGCCUAUCGAAGGGAGGAUGGCUGUGAAACUCAUUAGAAUAAUAAUAAUAAUAAUAACACUUUAUUUAUUGAGGAUAAACGAUAAAGUUACAAGUUUUUUCCAAUCUGGUCCUCCUAAACUCUAGACAGAACAACAAUAACAUUAAACAUGACUAUUCUCAAUACUUCCUAGGAGUAUGAACAAACGAAAUCAUAUAUAUAUAUUUAAAAUACUCAUUAAAAAUUCAUAAACCUUGUGGCAAAUCAUGUCAGCCAUAACAUGUCACGUGGAGUGACAUUAUAUCUGAUAAAACUCAUCUUCAUUAGUAUUCUUUAUAUAAUUGUUCAUCCUAAUUAGUGUGAUUAUAUAAUUGUUCAUCCUAAUCAAUUAGUAUUCUCUUGUGGUCGUAUUUUAAGGUAUUCAAAACACUCAAACUCGUGUUUUAAAUACUACAUAAUAUUAUAACUCAUUAUCUAUGUUAGUCAACGUUUAUUCAUAAAUCUGUUCCUUCACCGUCACGUGUGUAUUGUAUUUUUGCCGGCAAAUCCACCAAUAGCAAUUUCCAAUUUCCCUAUUGUUCGAGUGACGGAUAGGUAACUUUCCUAUUAUACUAUCUAUCUAUCUAUCUACUCUAUCCAUCUAAAACAUUGCUAUUGGUUAGUUGGGCAAAAAUACAAUACACACGUGACAGUAAAGGACCAGAUUUAUGGAUAAACGUUGACUAAAAUAGAUAAUAGGGAGUUUACGCAUGUAAGACGGCGGCGUCAGGACGACGGCUAUAAAAAACUGUUUGAAAUAAAUGAUUGUAUGGAAAUAUUGUCUUGUAUUUACUUUCGUAUGAAUUUAAUACAGUUUAGAACGAGUAAAACAGAGCUUUAACCUUCAGAGGAAUUUUGAUCAACUCUGCUAUAAAAAUUGCUGCCACGCCUUUAAAGUGCUACUGUGACGAAAAUUCAUCAUCGAGAAAAUUCCCUUUUUUGCUAGCAACGACUUUAUUAUUGCACCAAAAAUGCUUGUAUAAAAUUUCAGGCGAACAUGAUUAACGACCACGGAGUUACGAGCAUUUGAAAUGUCCAAAAUCGCUGUCCGCCAUUAAAAUCCGCCAUCUUGAUUUUAUGUUGUCACGAGAGGCUUCUGACGUCAUAGUCUCAACACACCGCAAGGGCAUAAGUAGAAUUAGUAAGCAAACGUAGAGCAUCGCAUAUAUUUCAAGAACUAAAAUGUCAGUUUCGUCGCGAUCUAGUGGCGUUUCGCAGUAUUUGUCUGAAACAGAUUCUCCUGCAUCUCAUCUGUUUAUAUAACAGCGAAUUCAAGCGAACCUGACAAUGAAUUUUCGCCCAUUUGAUGAUACUAUUGCUGGAGCCGCUUGCCUCGCCUGAAGAGGUUGGAGGUAGCCCAGUACGAGGUCGACGAAGUUGUAGCAGAGGACGAAAAUAUGUUACAAAAUCGUUUUGAAGGCCAUGUUGAUGUAUCGUCUUGGUAAGUCUGUGUUCUUAUUUGGCGGAGUAAUAAACUAUAAAACGCAUCUCUGAACUUCUAUUUUGCAUUUUUUAUAAGGUGUAAAUGUGGUCAUUGCUGUUAACCCUGAAGUAUGCCGAUGUUAUUAAACAAGCAUUAAUUAACAUAUUGUGUGCGCACAUUUAUUUAAUAUUAUAUAUUUUAUAGGUUCUUGCGCGCAGUUUCCUACAGACAGCUCGUGGUUUGGUAUGAGAUUUUACGGGCAGUUCAAGGCAUCUCACAUUACUGUGUUGUUGUUACAAUAAAAUAUGAUCAACAUUCCCACACUGAUCAGCGAGCUUACACGGAGUUUAAAAAACAGCUCGAUGGUUCAUCCUUGUUUGUAUCAGUCUUGUUUGCAGUUUCGCCCAACUCGUUUAAAAUUUAAAACCUAUUUUCAAUAAUAUGAGAACAACAUUUGUCGCGUGAAUUUAUAAUUGAUCUGGACUUAUGUCACUUAUCAGAUUAUGUAAAUAUGUAUGUAGCUAAAAUAUAUUCAUAUUUGACUAAACCUUACGCCUGUCUCUUGUUGUUAAUUGCGCAGGCGCUUUCCUCCAAAUAGUAGGUACAGAACCUGGUUUUAGUCGUUGUUGCAAACCAUCCAAAUGAAAUAAACGCUCAAAACAAUCAGUUGAAAAACGGUCCGAACAAAAUAACAAAUCAUGAAUCGAAUUUCCCGCGAGCUUGGAUAAAAAUUGGCGUGCUUAGUUUGCACAAAUCUAACCGAUAUUCUUCUCAAAGAUUCGUCAUUUGGGCUCUUAUGCAAUGAUCUACCCGCGUUUUUGUCAGAAGUAUUGCUGCAAUCUUGUAUGCAACACAACGCGAUGAAGGCAUGAUCGAGUUUUACUAUAGUCGCGUAUAUAUUUUUAUGUUGCAUACCCAGCAUGUGUUGAGACUAUGACGUCAAAGACUCCCGAACACUUGAACUUUCCAAUAUGGCGGAUUUUAAUGGCGGCCGCCAAAAUUCGAACUUCAUCGUCGUAUAACUCAGGUCAAAUAUGAGAUAUCACGCUAAAAUUUUGCGUGACAGCUUCUUUAUAGGCAUUCUUCACAAUCAUGGAAAAAAAACAGAAAUGAAAAUUUGGUCACAGUCGCACUUUAAAUGCUGGUGUUCUUUACAAGACGUGAAAAUAUGCAUUUUGCCGUCGUCAACAGAGCCUGGAGAGCGUCUGAAACUCCAGCUAUGCGUUUAAUUAUUCAUUUCUUUUGUGCUAUAGGAUUAAUGACAUUGUAUUGAUAGACGUCGUCCUGACGUUGCCGUCUUACAUGCGUAAACUCCGUGAUGACUUAUAUUGUUAUUCUAAUGAGUUUCACAGUUUUUAUAUCCCUUCGAUAGGCUAUGGUUUAGAUUAGAUUAAGGAUUUUUUCUCUUUUUAUAGGAAGUGCGAUCACUCUUUUACACGAUAAUGAGGUAUUUCAUUUCAAGAAAAUGUUGAAGUCGCUGAAGAAAGAUAGAAUAUGUAAACACUCAAUAAAAGACAGUGAUCUUGAAUGUUUGAUGGAAAAAUACAAGACUGCUUUGGAACAACUAAAGACUGAGGUGGCAUCUUCGAAGAAACAGAUAAAGCGCAUGCGUAGAUGACUAUCGAUACACUAUUUAACUGUAUUAAUUUUACUCUGAACAUUGAUAACAUGUAAUGGACUGUUCCAACAUUUAAACCUGUAGUAUGGCAUGUUAUUUUAGACUAUAUGUCAAAACUGGUUUAUAAAAUAUAUUCAGGGAAGCUUCAAACUUAAAGCAUCUUUUAGCAGUUCGUAACAUCAAAUUCAAUACUCUUUAAGUUUUACUUUUACUACACGUGCAGUUAUCAUUUACACUCAUUACAGCAAUGCUGUAUACAUGUGAUUAAUGUCAGAAAUUAAGUUCCUCAGCCUUUGGACUAAUUUAAAAUAAAAAACAUGAAAAUUACUG